GUGUCUGCGGGGGUCUGUUCUGGCGGCUCACUGGAUGGGCGGCGGCCGGCGUGGGCCCCAGUUCGGCCUCGGGUGCCAGCCUAGUGACCGGGAGUGGUGACCAAGGCCGGCGCCUCUGGGGCUAGGCGCUGCCUGGCUCUCCGGGCGGAUCUCGGGCCCGGGGGCGGGAGGCGCCACCCCUCCCCCCGCCAUGAUGUCGCAGAUCUUGGCGAGGGCGCGCUUGGGCGUCCUCGCCGGUUCGCGGCGGGCACGGGCUGGUCAGGCGGACACUCAGGUUACAGACGUCUUGCUUUGCCGAGUCUGGGGCUGCCGGCGCCAGAUGAGGAUGGGGACUUGGUCGCCUUUUCCAGCGAUGAGGAACUGACGAUGGCACUGUCAUACGUGAAGGAUGACAUCUUCCGCAUUUACAUUAAAGAGAAGAAGGAGUGCCGGCGGGACCACCGCCCCCCGUGUGCUCAGGAGGCCCCUCGCAACAUGGUGCACCCCAACGUGAUCUGCGAUGGUUGCAACGGGCCAGUGGUAGGGACCCGCUACAAGUGCAGUGUCUGCCCUGACUAUGACCUGUGUGCCAGCUGCGAGGGGAAGGGCAUGCACAGGGAGCACAGCAAGCUUGCCUUCCCCAGCCCCUUCGGGCACCUCUCUGAGGGUUUCUCUCACAGCCGCUGGCUCCGCAAGCUGAAACACGGGCACUUCGGGUGGCCUGGCUGGGAGAUGGGCCCACCAGGAAACUGGAGCCCGCGUCCUGCUCGAGCAGGGGAUGGCCGCCCCAGCCCUGCUGUGGAAUCUGCUUCUGGACCAUCGGAGGAUCCCAGUGUGAAUUUCCUCAAGAACGUAGGGGAGAGUGUGGCCGCCGCCCUCAGCCCUCUGGGUAUCGAAGUUGAUAUUGACGUGGAACAUGGCGGAAAAAGAAGCCGCCUGACCUCCGUCUCUCCAGGCAGCUCCAGCACAGAGGAGAAGUGCAGCUCUCAGCCAAGCAGCUGCUCUUCCGACCCUAACAAACCGGAUGGGGACAUGGAGGGCACAGCGCAGUCUCUGGCAGAGCAAAUGAACAAGAUAGCCCUGGAGUCGGGGGGGCAGCCUGAGGAACAGAUGGAGUCUGAUAACUGUUCAGGAGGAGAUGACGACUGGACUCACUUGUCUUCAAAAGAAGUGGACCCAUCCACAGGUGAACUCCAGUCUCUACAGAUGCCUGGAUCCGAAGGGCCAGGCUCUCUGGACCCUUCCCGGGAAGGACCCACAGGGCUGAAGGAAGCUGCGUUGUACCCACAUCUUCCACCAGAAGCUGACCCCCGGCUGAUCGAGUCCCUCUCCCAGAUGCUGUCCAUGGGGUUCUCCGAUGAAGGCGGCUGGCUCACCAGGCUCCUCCAGACCAAGAAUUACGACAUUGGGGCUGCCCUGGACACCAUCCAGUAUUCGAAGCACCCCCCGCCGUUGUGACAGUUUUUCCGCACCUGCUCUGUGUCCCUUUCUUGUCUCAUAGUUGUGUUGAGCUAGUGUAGAACCCUAGGGCCUCUGUGAGGGCCACUUUCUCUGUAUUUUUCUUCCAGGCUCUGGGGGCGGGGAUGCAAGAAGCCAUUAGGGCAGGAGGACAAGCAGCAGGAGUGGGGAGUUGAACGUGCACAUGUCUGAGAAACACCAGCUUCUCUCGGGUAGCCUGGCCGGGCCCCAGAGGCUUCCUCUGGCAGAGCGAGACUCCUUGCUCGAGGACACCGAGGCCACACUGCAUCACAUGCCUGCUCUCCCCCCAGGAUUACACCAGCAGCCCAGAACAUAUCUUGCUCAUUCGCCUUCUGCUUUUUCUUUUUUUAAAUGACUAAUAGUACGCUGAUAUGUAGGUGAUUUUCUGCUAGAAACCUGAUAUACUCAGGUUUAGCGUCCAGCCAACAUUCUGUCGGGGCAGAGGCAGCGGUCCUGGAGCAAGUAGGGGAGGACAGCCCCGCACUGUGGCCUUCCUAUGUGGGGAUCAGAAGAGGUAGAUAGUGGAGGCAGUGGUGUUCACUGAGUCCUGUCUCUGUUUCAUAACCACUAGAGUUCCCUCACUUCCAAAUGUGUCAGUUGCUUUUAAAGUGAGAAAAUCCUUUUGUGGCCAUUCUGUUAUAUUUGUAAACACUCAGUAAUUAAAUGGUAUAAGCACUUUAAUCAAA